AUGUCUUCUAGCUCAUCGCGUAGUCAGCUGGAUCAAGGCAUCUCAGCAUCGCGUGCUGGUGGUGCUCAAAAGCGACCGCCAGCGACCAGCAAGCACACCUCACCAAGAAAGAGGCAGCGCGCAGACGCUCGACCUUCUCCAUCGAUCGGCUCCGUCUCACGUCGCUCGGGCGAAGACUCUGCGACAGAGUCUAGCACUAUUAGCUCGAAUGCUCGCAGACGCGCACGAGACUCGACGGCUGCAGUUGUGCAGGAUGAGACAAGAUGGGCAUACACCCAACGUGUUUUGCUAGACAGGACAUUGCGACUGCACACUGUGUCUCCGCUACACUUUUCGUCAUUGCCAGCUUCGAUCCAGGAAGUGUCUCGGCCACUCUUCCAGAUGCUGCAGAACGAACUGCAUCACUACAUCAACUUGCGGCUGAGCGAUGGCUUCGGUUUCCUAGAAUCAACUGGCACCACGAUCGACACGCGGGAUGCUGAAAGCGGCGAUCUUCGUCCACCGGAGCGCAGGCGUCGUGCUGAUAUCGAUCGAGUCGGUCAGGUGCGCAUCGGAUUUUUGGAGGAUGCCGAGUUCACGCGAGCGUUGCAGGCUUCGAAUGAAUCUGGCGAGUCAAAAGCGCGUCCGUGGGCGAUCGAGAUCGAGCUGGGCAAACCAGCAGCAGCACAGGAGGGUGCAAAGGGCAAGAUCACCUCGCUGCGCUCCAGGGCAGCACAGGAGGCAACACCAGCUGAGCUCUGCCACAUUGUGUUUGUGCCUGCGUCGAGCACGCGUGACGAGCGAUCGCGCACGAGUCGCCGGUAUGCGCUUAUCGCGACAAAGGCUCCGUCGUCAAGCGCGGCGAGCUCGGAUCCGCUGGUAGCCACCUCGAUGAAUGUGGGACCUGUUGUGCUGGGACAUGCGCUGGAUUGGAUUCAGAAACGAUUCGACUGUCGCAUCUCGUCGGCAAGCGGAGCUGCUGGCAUGGCGUCGCAGUUGCGCGGAGCACGACUCGAGGCACUGGCGCAACUGGUUGUGCGUGAGACGCGCAGCGAGAUGGGGAUCAGCGACGGCGUCGAGCGCUCACGAGAGCAGAGCGAGGCGGAUGCAGCAGUCAAGCCAGUGGAGCUGGUGUUUGCCUUUCCGCUCAAGAUGAAAUCGGACGGCGCCGAGAAGCAGACUGUGACAGGUCCAGCACCGGACUUGAGCUCUCUCACUUUGACCGUUCCCUGGGAAGUAUGCAUGAGUCUGCUCGACGGUCUACCGCUAGAAGAGCCUCUGCUGCCCGCGCUGAACCACUACCUCUCGAUGCACACGUCCAUCCCGCUGGAUGCACUCGAGCUCACGCGCAUCGGCGUAGCGGGCAUCAGCGUCGGCUCGGGCAGAAUCAAGAUUUCCAAAGUGCCAGGCAAAAAAGCAGUCGGUGAAGCGAAAACGUCGCUGUUGAAGCGCAAGCAAGGAGGCCAGCGACAGGAGGAAGAGGAGGAGGGAGAGCCAAGCGAUCGACGCCGCGCAGGCGCCGUGUUUGGGUUCCUGCGGCGAGUGGUCGAAGGCAAGGAAUGA